AUGAAGGUCUUGAUGUGGUUAUGGAUCUUCCUUGUUUGCUUGUGCGCCAGCACAAAAUUAGAAAAAUCCGAAUGUCCAAGAAAAUGCGAUGUGCCCCUCGGUGUCGAAAGUGGCCGUAUUUCGGAUCAUCAACUCACGGCGUUUUCACACUACGAGAACGAUUAUAGGUUUGGAGCCCAUCGAGCAAGGCUCAGACUAUACUCAUGGCCGCCGGGUUAUAGAGCUGACAAAACUAUCCUUGGUGACACAGAACAAUUUCGCUGGAUUAGAAUCGAUUUGGGGGGGGAAAAAAUUGUUACUGGAAUAGCGACUCAGGGUUAUGGGAACGCUUCGGUUUCAGAAUGGAUAACCAGGUAUAAAUUAAUGUACGCUACCAAGAACGAGAUCUUGGAGUUUGUGGACAAUGACGGAGAAGUAAUGAUAUUCAAAGGAAAUAAUGACAGCAACGGAAUAGUAAAACACGACUUAGCAGUUCCCAGGAUUACAUCGAGUAUACUUUUGAUACCUCGUAAUUGGACGGACAACAUUGGACUUAGAAUGGAAAUUUAUGGCUGCGAACCAACUUAUUAUUUCAAAGCGUGGUUGAUGUUUCAUAAUAUUUCAUUUGUCUACAACUACUUAAAUACUUCCAGUGAUGAAUACAUACAAGAAGCGUUCAAAGCAACGGGUGAGAUUCAAAGGUAUUUUGAAAACGUGGGAGGAUAUCUCUACAACAGAGUCUUGAGAUUGAGUCCUCAACCGUCACCACAGAUAACGACAUCUGCCAUAGCAGAGGUUGCAAUUUACUGCAUAGAAACCAGCGUUCAUCGUGUUAGAGCCAAACUCAGGGCUUUCGUUCACGAAUCUAGCAUUUUCCACCCAGAUUAUCUAAAGAUAAGACAACCAAUCACCUGCAACUGCAAUCCUCCAGUGGUUGAUCUGCACCUCAAGCAUCGUAUCCUUGAGUCAGAUAUUAUAUGGUCAUCUGACAAAGACUUUGUUUUAAAACCAAAAGUCUCAAUAAAUUGUUCCUCGCCGAUCCAGACAAAAUACCGUUGGAAUUUUUUCAAAAUUGAUCGGGAAACCAGUUAUUUCUCGCCAUUUAUGCCAUUUGGCCUUAAAGACCAACCCAUGGUCAUGCUACGACCAAGGCUUUUUGGACCCGGAGAAUUUUACGUCUCAGUGGAUGUAUCAUUCACAAACAAUAUCACAGACACAUCCGCUGACGACUUCGGGUUCUUCAGAGUCCAAAUGCCAGUUUUAACGGCAAAAAUAGUGGCACCAUCGUCAAUAAAAAGAGACGCAGGGAAUAUUACGAUUGAUGGCUCCGGCUCACACGACGCAGAGUACCCACAGGAUCAGUCUAAAGGAUUAACGUUUUUUUGGCAGUGCAGAAGGCUUUGCCAAGAAGCUCCAAUAACGCCAUGUUUUGAUGCUGAUUCCAAUUUCUUCAGUGAAAGAUUUACAAUUGAUGCCUCUUCUCUAAAGCCAAAAUGUACUUACGAAUUUAACCUGACUGUGACAAGAGAGCCGAGGAUAUCGAGAGCAAGUCAUAGGCUAUAUAUCGAGCCUGCAAUACAGUUCUCUGUUGUAUGCGUCAUUAAUUGUGGACGGAAGGUCAGUGUUAAAAGACUCUUCUCCCUUCGUGUGGUUUGCGGUAAACAAGAAUGCACGUCAUUAGCGACUUUCUCCUGGAUGAUUUUCUCAGAAGACGACCAAGGAACCCUCACUAGGCUUGGUAUAAAAAUCCCAAGUGACUCUAUAGAAACUUUUGCAAACAUGACACAAUUGAAUAUACUUAAACUUGAAAAUCUUUCUGAAGUCAAAGACGGGCAAAAAUUUCAAGUUAGGGUCACAGCCAAUCCGUACAAGAGUCAUUUUGAAGAACAAGCACACCAUACAUUUAUCGUCAACGCUCCGCCGACAAACUCCGAAGCGCAAAGAAAAGACAAAGGUUGUCAGGUGAAGCCUAAAGAAGGUUUUGCAAUUGUUACGGACUUUUACAUCACGUGUUUGGGUUGGUAUGACAAAGAUGUUCCGCUUCGUUAUGCUUUUAUGUAUACGUUCGACUCGAGCACAAUUCUCAUUCAAGAGGGAAAUGUGGGAAACGUGACAAGUAAGCUCCCUGUGGGGGAUCCUAAUAAAGGCUAUGAGCGUCGUGUCGACCUGAAGAUUUUCGAUGCUUAUGGGGAUUUUACUUCUUUGCCCAAGAAAAUCAAGGUGAGGCCGCCGCCUGCUUCGGAGAAGCUGUUAGAUGUUAUCAAUAAUGCACAAAACAACAUGCGGAAGCUGGUUGCGGGAAACAAUGUUGAGAAGGCAGCUGAUAUGGCCAUUACAAUUCUCUCGGUUAUUGAUUACAACGAGAAACUUAAGAAAGACGAAACGUUUAAGGACUCUGUGCUAAAUAUCAUGUCUGGAGUAAAAGUUGACAAGAUCAAUCUGGUCACCAAGAUUGCCGUUAUUACGGCCUACUCAACCAAACGGGUUGACCAAUCCUUGCCCCAGAACUCACAGGAGGAUGCAUUGACCUUAAUAAGAAAAACAACUACAUUCUUGCAAAAUAUUAACACCAGUGCUAUUAAAGAUCUGAAGGUCAUUGGAGAGAUAGGUGAAAACAUAUUAACAGGGAUUGGAAAUGUUCUGACGUCUUCUUCUAAGGAUGUCGAUAUAGACUCUCCGAAUAAGGAUCCUAAUUUUGAUGUGAAAAAGGGCCGGAAAAUCACCUCAGAAUGUGUGGAACUGGUAAACACUAUCACUGCUGAAGAGGAAUUUUGUGCAAAUCCUACAAUUAUCAGUACACCUUAUAUCAAUCUUACAGCUUGCAUUGAAAAAGCCACUGAAAUGAAAGUAAGCAAGCUGCUUAAGGGUGAAAGUGGAGUCAAGCUACCAGAUGCCAAGGAUCUGUUCCCGCCUGAUCUCUUGGACGAAAACACCGUGGUGGAUGUUAAGCUUGUGUCGUUUAAAAAAAAUCCUUACACAUGGCACCCUAAGUCCAGAAGUAUUAAAUCAUCCGUGCUUGAUGUUACCUUAAAGAACGUCACAUCUGGGAAAGCACUUCACGUAGAGGGUCUCAGCAAACCUGUAGAAAUGUUUAUCAAAAACUGGCACCGGGAAAGAGAUGAAAUCAAGCCGAAAGAGACGUUCUUUGUAAAACCAAGCCCUCCAAAAUCGAUAAAGAACAUGCGAUUUCACAAAAUCGUUCUUCCAUAUGGCGAUGCUGAUGCAAAUAUUCGAAUUGUGCCAUCAAGAAACGAAAAACUCGAAAUUUACAUCAGGUACAAAGUGAGACCAACACCGGCAGAAAAUAACUUUCAAACAGUUGUCCCAAAUUUCUCCUCAUGCUUAAGCUACUCGGAAGAGAAUGGUUUCUCUGACUGUCUCUCUGAUCCUUAUUUGUUUACCAUUUCACCCUCGAUCACCGGACAUAUGGGUACUCACUUUAUUGGUAUACGGUACACCCCACAUCUCCCUGAGAUGAACAAUACUCAAAGUAGAACACGCGUCAAGAGAUCGUGCCGUGGGGCUAACGGUCGCCAGAAACGGUCAUGUGUCGAAGUGAAGCCGCCUCCACUUCCCGAAAAUAUUCUAAAGCUACAAUUUCAGAAUAAUUCCGACGUGCAGUAUGAUCUGUUCAUCACCAUGGGCCUGUGCAUGUACUGGUCCCCUGAGGACGACGAGUGGACCAAUAGAGGAUGUAAGGUCGGACCUAAGGCCACACCUGGAAAACUUCAAUGUCUCUGCACACACCUGUCGGCUUUUGGAGGUGACCUGUUCGUGGCCCCAAACCCAAUAGAUUUUGAUAAAGUUAUGUCGGAGUUUGGAAACCUUGCAGCAAGCGGGAACUUCGUUGUUUUGGCAUUUGUCUGCGUGAUAUUUGGAUUGUACGCAACUGGUCUGAUUAUCGCCCGAAGAGCUGACAAGAUAGACAAAUUUGAGAUUGUACCAAACAUCCAUGUGAUAAUAGGACAAGACUGCGCCUUCACAUACGACAUCUCGAUUCAAACAGGGAUUUGGAGGGACUGCGGAACUACAGCGAACGUGGCAAUCAUCCUAUUUGGCGAGAAUGGAUGUACGCCUCCUAUACUCUUAACACAGCGUCAGCUGGGAAAGAGAUUUUUCGCUCGAGGUAGCGUCAAUACAUUCACAAUUCAUCUCCAAGAAUCGCUUGGGUCUUUGUACAAAAUCAAAAUCUGGCAUGACAAUUCUGGAGAAAACCCGGCUUGGUUUUUUCACCAAGUCUUGGUUACUUGUAAUUCCACAAACGAAAAGUGGUAUUUUCUUGGAAACCAGUGGCUUGCUGUGGAAAAAGGAGAUGGGAAAAUCGAAGUCGACAUCAUUUCUGCAGGAGAAAGUGAAUCUUUGUCCUUUAGUAACUUGUUCUAUUUCAGAGGUGCGAAAACCCUAAGUGAGAAGCACCUCUGGUUAUCAUUGUUCACCAAAGCUCCGCACAGUACUUUCACCCGCUGUCAACGUCUUUCAUGCUGCCUGUCAAUCUUGUUUGCAACCAUGGUCGCCAAUGCGAUGUUUUACCAGCAAAGCAUAAGUAACGUCGAUGCCUUUCGCGUCGGUCCUAUUCAUCUAUCCUGGUCUCAAAUUAAAAUAGGCGUUCAAAGUGGGCUCGUCUCAAUUCCUGUGAAUGUCCUUGUCGUUGCUAUUUUUAGGAAUAUCAGACCAUCUGGCCUGAUAGACAGCGGAAAUAGUCAAGACGGAGAGGAAGAAGAGGAGCAAGCGAAUGGUUGUUUCCCUCAUUUUUGUGUUUACAUUGGCUGGGCAUUAUGUCUGAUGGCGUCAUUGGUGUCAGCAGCUUUUGUUGUGUUCUACAGUCUCAUGUGGGGUAAAACGGUAGCCAAUCAGUGGCUCACCUCGGUAAUGAUUUCCUUUUUCCAGGACGUUAUAGUGAUUCAGCCAGUGAAGGUGGUUAUAAUUGUUUCACUCUUAUCACUCAUCGUUAAAAAACCAAUCAAAAAUGAUGAAAUACGUGGACAAGGUCACUCCGAUCAAAGCAUAGACAAUAGUUUAACUUCUUCUCCACCAGGAAACGAGGAAUUAAACAAAAUGCGCUCAGUGAGAAUUUUGAAAAGGAGACUUGCGAAGACACUGAUAGAAAUUGGUACCUGUGUUUCUUUCUUGCUUCUUCUUGUCAUUGUUUGUUAUGGAAACCGUGACAGUAACAGAUUUCGAUUCACCACGGCGGUGAAACAUGUCUUCCCCAACUUCGAGAAGGUGCACAACAUUACGUCAUUCUGGACUUGGACGAGGAAAAACUUAUUAUCAGGCCUUUUUGACGUUAAAUGGUACAACGGAAUGGCGUUUUCGUACAAGGAAGGAUUUAUCAGAAACCGAGAAGCUUUUAUGAUAGGAAUGCCAAGACUAAGACAAAAGAGAAUUAAAGAAGAUCCGACUUGUAAAGCUUUUCACAAUGAAGCAGAACUUGUCCGGCGUUUUUCAAGAUGUAUUCCACAUUACAGCACAGAAACCGAAGACAAAACCAAAUAUCACCUGCGAGGAUGGAUUCCAGUCGACGAUUUUGAAGUAUUCCAACAUCAGUUUGAAAAGUUCUAUCUUUGUCCUAGACCCUGGCGUUAUGAAACAGCCGAGCAGCUGGGAACAUUAUCAUUUCAGGGACUGAGGUCAACAUAUUCGGGGAGCGGUUACAUUGCCGACCUUGGCUACAAUACCGAUGACGCACUGCAGGUGAUUGACAACUUGGAGAUGAAUGACUGGAUUGAUGACAUGACGGCCGCUGUUUUCGUAGAAUUUAACAUUUACCAGCCCACCACUUCACUGUUCAGUGCUGUGAAGUUUCUGUUUGAGAGAUUUCCUAACGGGGGAACGAACACCAUUAUCAGGGUCAAAACUUUGACGAUUUAUUCGCCAAAAGAUCGGUUUUUUCGAGUUAUUUACGAGACAUCUCAGUUACUUUUUAUGAUCCUUCUUCUCUUCUGUGUGGGCGCCGAAAUUGGCAAAGUAUAUCAGCAAGGUUUUAAAUACUUCAAGAGCCCAUGGAGUUGGUUGGAAAUUAUUCUUUUGUUGAGCUCAGUUGGGUCGCAAACCAUGUUUUUCCUAAAAGAAUCGUACACAAGCAAAUUCGUAACAAAGGUACAGGAAAACCCAUUUCAAAGCUGGAGCAUGGACAACAUUUCAUUGUGGUCAGACCUAGAAGUGACACUGUUAGCAUUUGUUGUAUUUCUAAUAACUAUGAAACUUUUGAGAAUAAUUCGCUUCAAUCCCCAUAUUAUUCAAAUGAGAAUGACGCUCAUCAGUGCCUCGAAACAUUUUACAUCCUUCACCUUGGUUUUUUUAACGAUGAUAAUCUCUUACGUUGCGCUCACGACAUUAACCUUUGGUAGUAACGUAUAUGAAUACCGUUCGUUCACGAAAUCAUUUAGCACCAUACUGCUGAUGCUUAUAGGUGCCAAGGCUCCCUUCCACGAACUUCGAAGAAUCAACUUCGUUAUUGGACCAUUUUUCGUAUUUGCUUACAUGGUAACCAUUGUCAUGAUCUUCUUGAAUAUGUUUUUGGCUAUACUUAAUGAUGCAUACACGGAAUCUCGUAAACUUGGACAUGAAAGCAGCGGAGACCUAGAGCUAUUUAAACUAAUGAAACUGAAAGCUAAGAAAUUUUCUAAGAAGACAAGAGUGGCAGUGAUCAAAGUUCUUGAAGCGAUACCGCAGUUACUGUGGCAGAGGCGCUCAGAAACUGCCGUUGCGCUUGAAAAAGAGGCUUUUGUGUCCAGCUCAUGGGAAGAAAGGAAUGAGAUCUUUGGAUUUCAUGAAGACAAUAAUCCCUCUCUCACUGAUAUAAUAGCUUUAUUAAGUGAAAUAAAGCAUGACAUCAGCGAUUCUAUUCUCUCCAUCGAUGACAUCGUUCCUAGGGUGACGAUUGAUCGCGACAGCGAAAGUACAAGGUCUUGUCGACCCGACAGCUCGUCGGAUUCAUUUGACUUUCAUUCGUGUUCCUCCAACUCGUUAUUUACCUCUGAAUCAGAAAGCGAAAUUGCAAAGCUAGAAAAUCUUAUCGACUUAGGAGACGAAGACGACUUUUUUCAUAGUGACUCUUUCAUCAUGGACAAAUGGUAUCACAGGAAUGCUGAAGUAGGGGAAACAUUCGUGUAGAAAAUAUAGAUGUGAACCCAAACUAGCCUGAAAUAAUUAUUGAUUACCUCGGAUGUAUAGAUUUCGUUUCUCCCCACCUCAUGGACUGUGGUCACGCUCCAGUUGAAGAGCGUGCGUGAAGUAGUUUUGAAUUUGCAAUACAAUGUACAAAAACCUUCGAGCUAACUAGAUAUAGAAUUGAAACCAAAGUAGGAAACUAAAGGCAAAAUAUAUUUUCAUAAAGAAAAAGAAACUCCUUAUUUUAAAAUCUAGGCGUCUUCAGUUCCCCUUGUUGCGACCGGCUGCAGAAAUCAAGUCCCCUCAAACAUUUUGUCGUCGUCAAUAUCAUUAUCUCCCUCCUCAUCGGCAUCCUCAUCUUCGUCGCUCACCGUCAAUAUCAUUUCUAUACUUCCAGCCAAUCUCUGCAAACGAUUGUUCAAUUAUUAAAUAAGAUAUAAACAACAACCUCAGUUGCAGCGAUUUUAGUUAAUUUAGGAUGUGGAAUCAAAAAAGGGUGCAAUAAAGAUAACAACCGA